CCCACCUCAGUCUUGACAGCGAACAUAAAAAGGACAUGCACUCCGGCCGUUUGUAACGACACAGCUACUUAGCUAGCUAAUUAGCUAGCCUAUAGACCGUUGGACGUCAUUGUCCACAUAAAUCAUUGACGUGCAAUGGUUUAAUUUAACAUAAACUAUAGCUUAUAUGUAGUUACUUAGUUAUUUCAAUGGCGUUCAAUGGCCAUCAACGCGACGAUGAAAGUAUCGACGAAGACGAAACGCCCACGAAGCACCCGCGGUCCAACAAGGAGAUGCCCGGUUGUUUCAGCAAUGAGCCCAACAAUGAGUCAGCCGCGUCCGCAGGAAGAGCCACAUCCGACCGGCGGACGUCCAACGCGACUGCGAGGCAUCGGAUCGACUCGGUGAAGAAAACAAGGCCGCCAUUUCCCUGGUUUGGGAUGGACAUUGGAGGCACUCUGGUGAAGCUGGUGUACUUUGAGCCCAAAGACAUCACAGCAGAGGAGGAGCAGGAAGAGGUGGAGAACCUGAAGAGCAUCCGGCGCUACCUUACCUCCAACACUGCCUAUAGUAAAACGGGCAUCAGGGACGUGCACCUGGAGCUGCAGGACCUGACGCUGUGCGGCAGGACAGGCAACCUGCACUUCAUCCGCUUCCCCACGCAUGACCUGCCGGCCUUCCUGCAGAUGGCUCGCAACAAGCACUUCUCCAGCCUCCACACCACCCUCUGCGCCACAGGAGGGGGGGCAUACAAGUUUGAGUCUGAUUUCCGCAUGAUGGCAGACCUGCAGCUUCACAAGCUGGAUGAGCUGGACUGUUUGAUUCGGGGGGUGUUGUACAUCGACUCGGUGGUGUCCAGCGGACCCUCAGAGUGCUACUACUUUGAAAACCCCACCGACCCAGAUCACUGCAUCCAGCGGCCCUACACACUGGAGAACCCCUAUCCUCUGCUGCUGGUCAACAUAGGGUCUGGGGUCAGCAUCCUGGCCGUCUACUCUGAGAGCAACUACAAACGAGUUACAGGGACCAGCCUCGGUGGUGGGACCUUCCUGGGCCUGUGUUGCCUGCUGACUGGUUGCUCUACAUUCGAGGAAGCUCUGGAAAUGGCUUCUCAAGGGGAGAGCACCCGAGUGGACAAGCUGGUUCGGGACAUCUAUGGAGGAGACUAUGAGAGGUUUGGGCUGCCAGGCUGGGCUGUAGCCUCAAGUUUUGGCAACAUGAUGUCCAAAGAGAAGAGGGAGUCGGUGUCCAAAGAGGACCUGGCCAGGGCAACACUGGUCACCAUCACCAAUAACAUCGGCUCCAUCACCAGGAUGUGUGCACUCAAUGAGAACAUAGAGAGAGUGGUGUUUGUGGGCAACUUCCUAAGAGUGAACACCCUCUCCAUGAAGCUGUUGGCCUACGCCAUGGACUACUGGUCUAAAGGACAGCUCAAGGCACUCUUCCUACAGCAUGAGGGUUACUUUGGAGCGGUUGGAGCCCUGUUAGAGCUUCUGCAUCCAUCCUAAUCCGUCCGAACUACAUCCAAAGAAGUACUUGUCAGUCUGCUGCAAAGACCAUUAGCACUUUAGACUUUUCAGAAUUAAUUCCACAGUGGGCUGUUACGCCAGCCACGAGCCAGUUACUCAUACAUUUUGGUUGUGGCAAGCAAACUGUCAAACAUGUGGAGGUCCUAUUAUGUUCUCAGAUAUCAAGCUGGUUUGUAAAAUGGUGAAAGUGGCGUCUAAAUGUUGAUGAACAUCUGCUGUUGUGGUCAGUGCAUGGAAGUCUUUGUCCUCCCCUGACCAAAGCAGCAAAGUUGUCAAAGUCAUUGUUUGCAGAACUUUGCAGAAACCAGGUUUGGUCUGAAACAUCUCAAGGAAAUUCACCAAGGUUGCCUGAAAUAAUGUAGCUUAAAAAGUCAUCACAUAGUCUUGUCUUGUGGACUGCACUGUGGGCAUCAGGUCCUGGGCCAAAUAUUUGCAAGUACUUUUAUGGUUUUUUUACCCUACUUAGGUACCAGGUGGAUGGGAGUUUGUUUAAUUAGACUGUAGUGUAUGAGUUAAUAUUAUGGGUGUUAGAACAUAAAGAUAAUCACAGGAAAGAUUUUUAAUAGAAAAGCAUCAUUCAUCGUUAUGUAUUUGGCAAACAUAUUGUUGAUGAAUUGUUAGGUCUAGAAAAUAGUUAAAAAUGCCCGACAUACGUUUCCAGAGCCAAAGUUGACUUCUUUAAAAUGCUUGUUUUGUCCGAACAACAAUUCUAAACCCAAAGAUAUUAAGUUUUACUAUUGUGGAAGAAAUCUUCAUAUUUGGGAAGCUGUAAACGGGAAAUUGUGACAUUUUUGCGAUUUAUUAUGUUGCAGAUUAAUUUUCUGUCUACUAAUUGACUAAUCCUUUCAGCUCCACAUACCUGUAGUUAAAAAUAACAACAUAUUGGAAACCAAACAACACUCGUUGAUCUUAUAAAAGUCUUGGAUGAUGUCUUGAGAGUUGAGAUGAUUGAAUUAAAAGUACUCACUAACUGAUUCAGCUGCUGAUUUUCGUGUACUGUAACAUGCCUGACCGUUUUGUCAGGCAAGAUAUAUUGUCGUGAUAGUACUCCCAUCCAUCUGGUACUCGUAGUAAGCUGAAACAAAACACUGAGAAUCAUUUACAACCACUUAUUAUUAGUGUUUUUAUUAUCUGUGAGCAUUUACUCAUUGUCACCAAUUGGACUUGAAAUGAAGGUGUGAAUGGUCAAUGAUUUUUAAACAGUUGCUGCAAAAAACGAGCAGGUUUCCUUCAUUGUAUGUUGACUCACAUUUAAACUUACAUUUCAGUCUCUCUUAAUUGACACCAUAAUUGAUAAAAAUGCAUACAAGGUCACCAUUUCAUCAGACUUAUUCUUUAAUGGAGACAUUAACUGUUACCGUUAUAGACUGUGUAUCAUUUGUAGAUUGUUUAUGCGUCUGUAAAGGGCAAAUAUUGCCCUGUUACAGUACUUUUCCCAACUAAGAUCUCAAUGUUUGUAAAGUUUAUGAAUCCAAUUGUUUACUGCAAGCAGUUAUUUUUUUGUUUGUUUGUUUUUGCAACAGUGCUGGUGUCAGGAAAUCUGGACAAUCCGUGUGGGGGGUUAGUGGGUUACUAUAUGAGUGAUAAAUUUAAAUCCCUUUCUGGCCCCAAACCGCUGCCCUGCUGAAGUGCCCUUGAGCCACUGCAUUCCUUUUCUUGUGGAGAGAAAUCCGAGCAAGUGAAACGAUUGAUAUCGAUAAAUGUGAAAACGCAAAAUAGAGGUAAUUACGGCAUUAUAUCCCUGAACUUUGGCCAGAUUUAAGAAAAAAAAAAAUUUUAAUGCAGAAACUUGAUGCAUCCCUCCAAUGGAGGUUUUAGGUCCUGUGACCCCAAACCAUUUAUGUCUUGUUGAGCAUGUUCAGUAUGUACUUAAUAAAAUAUUAAUGUUUUGUACAUCUUGGUCAGUCUUCCUGAGGCUUGUUUUUUAAGAGGAGUUUAGCAAAGUAGAACUUCUGAUGACUGGUGUGUGUGUGAGUUAUUUGUCCCAUCAUUUCAUUUAAUGCUUUAUCUGCCCAUUUUACUGUAAUCUGUUUGUUCAGUUAUUGGUCCAGGUGGAUUACAGGGACCAUAAUGACUUAUAAACUACCUAAUUAAGAGAUGUGAGUUUUUCAGCUGUUACUAGAAAUGAUGUAUCUGCAAGUUGAAUAUACAGUAAGUUGAUUUUAAAGGUCCAGUGUGUAGGAUUUAGUGGCAUCUAGCGGUGAAAUUGCAGAUUGCAAACAUUUGAAUACUGCUCACCUCACCCUACCAUUUCAAGAGUAUAUGAGAAACUACGGUGGCCGCGAGAAAUGCGGAAGGCCGCUAUGUAGAGCCAGUGGUUGGUUUGUCUGUUCUGGGCUACUGUAGAAAUAUGGCGGUACGCCAUGGCGAUCUUUGUGUAAGGGGACCCGCUCCCUAUGUAGAUUAAAAAUGGCUUAUUCCGAGGCAAUGAAAAAACAACAAUUCUUAUUUUCAGGCGAUUAUACACUAAUGAAAACAUACUUAUAAAUAUUAUAUUCCAUUUCUGCCAGUAGCUACUUCUAAAUGUUACACACUGGACCUUAAAAUUAAGUGCCUGUCUUGUUUUUGUAUAGAAUACAAUAAUGUGUUGAGCAAUGUGAUUUAAAAUGAGACACACUUACUUGUAAUUGUCAAGGUUUCCCGCAGUUUUCUUUGCAAUGUAGAAGGAAACAACAUUGUUACUUUUUUUUUGUGAUUCCAAAUUUCUUACUGCAUUGUUUAAAAUACAAACUUUUCAUAUCUUUGUGACUA